AUUCCAGUCCCAGUUCACAGCUAGCACAAAGCAACCCACGGAGUAAAUUUAACCGGCUGAACCAGUCUGCGGCGGCGAGGAUGAUGAUGAUGAGUGGCAGCAAGACCUGGGGAGUGGCGGUGGCGGUGGCGGUGGUGUUGGGGUGGUGGCUGGUGGUGGCUCCGCCUCCGGGGGCCUCAGCCCAACAAGGGACCUACGCUUGCUGGGGUGGCUGUUACAACCAGUGUGUGCUUGAAUAUGGGCUGAACCCUACUCAGAGGGUGCCUUGCUACUUGGGUUGCUUGGGGCGGUGCGCCACCAGCUUCCCCUCAGAUCUCGAAUACUACUGCCAGAUUGGCUGUUCUUUGCAGCAGUGCAUCAGAUACAGCUACGAUGGGGCAAACAUGGAGAGGUGCUUGGAGAACUGUGCAGGCAACAUAUGUGGCCUCAAUGCUUGAAGUAGUAUUUUGUGUUAGUCUCUUAGUUAGGCAAUAAGCUAUUGGGUAUCUGUGCUUUGCUUCAAUUGGGUUGUGGGAAUGGAAAAAUCUUAGGCCUUGAGGCCUUAGGUGGAGGGGAUGAUGGUAUUAUUAUGUAAUGGACGUAAUGAAUGCUUUGGUUGGUC